AUGGUUCGUAUCGCCGCCAAUUGGGACCCCGUUGAGAGCCCGUCACUGACUAGCGCGCCGAACGCGCCCGCCCGCCAGUCCGACACACUCACGCCCGAGGAGAUCGAGGAGUACAAGGCUGCCUUCGCCGUAUUUGAUAAAAAUGGAGAUGGCGAUAUCACGGCCAAGGAGUUGGGCGAGGUUAUGCGCUCGCUGGGCCAGAACCCCACCGACGAGGAGCUGAACGACAUGAUCAAUGAGCUCGAUGUCGACCACACCGGCUCCAUCGACUUCAAGGAAUUCCUCGUCAUGAUGUCCAAGAAGCCUAAGUUCGUCGACCCGGAGCAGGAGAUCCGUGAGAUCUUCAACGUCUUCGACCGCGACGGCUCGGGUACCAUCAACUCGUCGGAGUUGCGCCACGUCAUGAAGGCCAUUGGCGAGAACCUAACGGACGCCGAGAUCGACGACCUGAUCAAGGAGGCCGACGUCGACGGUAACGGGACUAUUGAUUACGAGGAGUUCGCAAGGUUUUUCAAGAAGGAUUAG